UUCUGAUUUCAGAGCAUCCUGGUCGCAAGCACGAAUUCGACGUGUUUCCAGGCUCGGUUCCAUUCCGAACCCGCCGCCUGGCUAUAUCCUCCAUCCUUGCCUUUUCAGCACCAAGCCCAAGGUCUUUCGCCUCUGCCGCGUCGCGUUGGUUAAGUUUCGUCAGUCUAAAGCAGCGCGGCUUGAGCGAGAGCUCGACUCCCACGCUCUGACUCGGGAAUUCGCUGCUCCAGCAAAUCCCACCGUCCGGGGCCUAAACGCUCCGUUUCGCGGCGAAAGCGCUCAGAAUGUCCUGAUGAUGCUGCCGGUUGCCACGAUCGUCGGUAGUGGUGAGGCCGUUCAGAGGCCAACGGAUAGUCAUGGAGGAUCGCGACUCCGCGACGCAGAGUAGCGCCGCGACGCUGCGGCUUUUGAGACGUGUUGAAUGAGAAAGAGUCAGAGUACCCACCAUUGCCAUCAUUGCCGCUAACGAUAGUCAGGGAAGAUCAAUUGACUCCCGAGGCGGCGCAGAGUAGAGCGGUGCCGCGGAGGCUCAUUUCCCAUCGUUCUACUUUCGUCAGCGCUACUACUACCGCUGUCGCCCGCACAUGACCUAAAACAACUGUCGCCCGCACAUGACCUAAAACAACUGUCGCCCGCACAUGACCUAAAACAACUGUCGCCGACACAGUACCUACCGUUGUCGUCAAAGCUACUACGACUGCCCGAACUAUUAGCACCGUCGGAGAUGGCGGUGAUGGGCGGCGCCAUGGUCCGCGCGGGCCGGGUUCUCUUCGAGAGCUCCGUCAUGCUGGGCUCUCUCGCCGCUCUCUUUGCCACCGGCUGGUGGUUCCUCGUCGCGCGCCUCUACAAGGACUACGAGGAGCAGUUCCUGGCAGUGGAGGUGCUGUUUGCGGCCGUCUUUGCCCUCUCCUGCAAUCUGUUGCAGCUCGUGCUCUUUGAGAUCCUCCCCGUGCUCGGCACCAGUGCGCGGCUGUGGAACUGGCGCUUUGACCUCUCGCUGCUGCUCGCGCUGCUCAUCGUCGUGCUGCCCUGCUACCACUCCUUCCUCGUGCUCGCCAACACCGGCAUGAGGCGGGAGCGUGCAGCAGCAGGGGCCGUGGUGUUUCUGGGGGUCUUCCUCUACCUCUUCUGGCGCAUGGGCAUCUCCUUCCCCAUGCCCACCCCCGACAAAGGUCUGUUCACAGUGGCGCAGACGGUGAGCCGGGUGGGCGUGAUAGGGGUGACGCUCAUGGCAGUUCUCUCAGGCUAUGGCGCUGUCAACCUGCCCUACACCUACCUCUCGUUGUUUAUCAGGGAGAUAGACGAGGCAGAGAUAGGUGUGUUGGAGCGGCGGCUGCGGCAUGGCAUGGAGAUGCUGGUGGGGAAGAAGAAGCGAGCCCUGCUCAUGCGCAUGCAGCUGGAUCGAACACACCCCGAGCUCAUGCGGGAGCUGCACGGAGGGCCGCAGGGAGCAUCCGUCUUUCGACGGUUUGUGGGGCUGCUGAUGCGCGCACCCCGGGAGGAGGAGAGGGACGAAGAGACCAUGCGGCUAAAGGGCUAUCCCCCUGUGCUGCUGGACAUGCACGCCACCGAGGCUGAGAUCAAGGCACUGGAAGCCCUCACCCGCUCCCUCUUCCUUGACAUCUGCAACCUUCGAGAGGAGAAGGCAGCCAUGGCGUACUCGCGCACGUGGAAGGGGCAUGUGAAGAACAUCUUUGGCUACAUUGGCUCUGCCUACUGUAUUGCCAAGAUGUACACGUCCACGCGGACAAUCAUCACCAAGGAGGUGAGGUGGGCAUGGGCGACCCUGUCACGAGAGCCCUGGGCUUCAUUCUCAAGUUCUUCCACAUCAGCCUCAACGUGCCUCUGGUAUCGCAGGCGUGUGCCACAGCUGCUGUUUCGAGAGUGCAUGGCAUGGCACACCUGCAGCCAAUAUGUCUCGCUGGUCUUCAUAGGAGUCCUCGUCACUGUCUCCAUUAGAGGCUUCCUCACUAACCUCACUAAGUUCCUCUCAGCAGUGUCAGGAGGGGCUAGUGGGGCGUCCAGCAAUGCGGUGCUCUUCCUGGCAGAGAUCAUGGGCACCUACUUUGUCUCCUCCAUCCUCCUUAUAAGGAACAGCCUUGCACUCCAAUACAGGCUUUUGAUAACAGAGGUUCUGGGAGGCGACAUUCAGUUCAACUUCUUCUACCGGUGGUUUGAUGCUAUCUUUGUUGCUAGCUCUGUCAUCACUAUUGCGGUUUUUGCCGCACAGCACACGUCAAAACGAACAGACAAGCACCCCAUUGAUUGAAUCAGAUAGAUGGCGUACCGUAAUAGCAACAGUCAGGUGUUGGUUGGUGGCAUGUCAAUCCAACUGACUCAGUUGGGUGAAAGACUGACAAUAGUCAGUUGGGUUUUCACGUUUUACAACGCAGCUGUGUGUGUGACCUGCCGUCAGUCAUUCCCCUGUAGCAGGUGGGUAUACAUAUCUUUUGAAGGAGUCAAGGAGCAAGUUUUACACAGUAAACACUGUCAAGAUACACGCUGGGGUUGCCCUUGAUCCUCGGGGAAGGGCUACAGGCCAACUACCUGUAGUGUCAACAUAUAUUUGUAUAUGUUAUAGGCUAGAUAGGUGCAUGCUCAUAGAGAGUACAACACCUUAGGACAAAACCACCCUGUAUCACUCAUUCUAGUU